ACAGAUCGGGUACCUGGCUCCUGCCGUCCUAUGUGGAUGAAAAGCCGCACCAGACCCUGCCCAAUGACACAUCCCCAAAUAGCGUCUCUCCGCAGGUGGCGUCUGUGUAGUGAUCACUAGUCAGGGCGCGGGCAGUCAGCUAGGCGGGGUUCUGGCUUAGCGCAGCUCUCUCUACCGCGACGAGCCUCCCUGCUGCCUGUCCCGGUGCUAGUCUAGCGCCGUGCCCGCGCCGGCGAGGGUUCGGCGCCUUUUGCACGUAGUUGUCUCAUUGGUGUCGCGUGACCAAACCCCGCCGUUGCUCUCGGCGCGCGGCUCUGCGGCACCGGCCGGUGGGGGCUGAGCGCGCCCGGCCAUGGAAGCGACGGGUGGGUUGUGGCAGCGGCUGUCGGGGCCAGAGGAGCGGCGGCUGCUGGAAAUCCUGUCCUACGGGCUGGUGGGCGCGGGGGCGCUCUCCGCGCUGUUGCUGCGCUUUGUGCGGAUGCCGUACGGGCGCUACUCCACGCGCCGCUUCGGCUGCCCUGUGCCCGUCCGCCUGGCCUGGGCGCUGCAGGAGCUGCCCUCCCUGCUGGUGCCGCUGGGGCUGAGCCUCUUCAGCGGCGCGGCCCGCGUCUCCAAGUGGCCGAACCGGGUCCUGCUGGCGCUCUUCAUCGGGCACUACGCACACAGAUUUGACCUUCAGGGCAACCUCUUACACACUGGCUUGUGGACAUUCCAGAUAAAGAAGCAACCAAGGGGGAGCAAUGAGGUCACUUCAGAGAGGGCACUCAUCUUUUCUUUCUUGAUUCGUGGAGGAAAACCAACACCAUUCAUUACUUUUGCACUAGCACUCAUAUUCUGUGUCUAUAAUGGAUACUUGCAAGGUCGGAGCUUAAGUAAUUAUGCAGAAUAUCCUUCUGGUUGGCUGAAAGGUCCUUGUUUCAUUGUAGGUUUUGCAGGAUGGCUGAGUGGCAUGACAAUUAAUAUCUAUUCUGAUCACAUUCUCAGAAAUCUGAGAAAACCAGGGGAAACGGGCUACAAAAUACCAAGAGGUGGAUUGUUUGAAUAUGUAACUGGAGCCAACUUUUUUGGAGAGAUUCUUGAAUGGUUUGGAUUUGCUCUUGCCAGCUGCACUAUUGAAAGUGCUGCUUUUGCCAUAUGCACACUUUUCAUCCUAGGUUCCAGGGCACACCAACAUCAUCAAUGGUAUCGUGAGAAAUUUGAAGACUACCCAAAGUCCAGGAAGAUUGUGAUUCCAUUUGUGCUCUGAGGUGUGAAUAAUGGAGUUGGCUGACUUUGAAUGAUGGUGGUUGCUAUUCUGAAAAUAUUCAGUUGACAAACAACUCCCAACAAGUUAGCCUAAAGGUUUUCUUUUAACAUUUUCAGUAUCACUUUUGUUUGGUUUCCUAACAUAUAAAAUACAACGGAUGGAUGAGGCCAUAGUGACAGAAGAGUCAGCCAUCCUGUUCCUAUUUGGAGCAUAGUGUAAUAACCGCCUUAAUAAGAUCAUAUCUUCAUCAUUGGAACUACAGUGGUGUCUGUAUUGCUUCUUAUCCUGCCUCUACCUGUUGCCGUUUCUGCCUCAGCCAGGCACAAUACCUCCAAGAUCUCAUAUUGCACCAUAUCAGUGGAUGCUUGUGCACUAUCUACCCCCACACAAACACAGGAUUGACUUGCCUCACCCCCCCAGAUAAUCUAGUGCUAGUAGUGUCACUAAAUGUAGUCUUUGUACUCAGUAUUAUGCCUAGCCACUGAGCAAGGAGUAGUGGUGAGAGCUAUCCUCAGCCCCCGCACAUCUGUGCAGGCACAAACAAUAGAACACUGUUAACACUACAUGCACUACUUAUGACAGUAGCAGUAACUUUGGCAAAUAAUGGGUUAAGAUUUACUUCUUCCUCCAGAUUAAUAACUCUCUCAGGUACUUUUCAGUGGGUGGCUUCUCACCCACUUCCAUGACAUGUUCUACUUUCCUUAUUUUUUCCAUUCUACUCUUUGUUCUGCUUUUUAUUUUUCAUAUGAGAAAUAUUAGUGUUACUGGUAAAGGAUUUGCCUUAAUUUUUUACCAGUCCCCGCUGACAUUCUAAUGACUUUUAAAGUUUACAUUUGGUAUCUAUUUCUGUUUUAGGAGGUUUAGGGUCUUUAACCGACACUUUUAGUAGUUUUGGGUAGCACUGUUUUCUGGCUUGCCUAAAAUAACAAACCUCAUCUCCUAAGAACUAUAAAGAAUUUUUCAAAAAUGUUUUUACUUUAUGAUAAGUGUAUGGAUGACACCUGUUUUCCAAAGAGAACUGGAUUUUUGAAUACUUGUUUUUUACCUUAAUAAUGUCAAGUCUGUUCUCCUUUCCUAGAUUUGCUGAAGAACCUCUGUGAGCUCACAGUAAACAUUCAUGAGAGUUCCAGUACCUUAACUGAAAGAGUAGGGCUGUUGAAUCUUAAACAGAGACUUAAUUGCUGGGUUUUAAAUAGGGACUAAAAGUAAAUGGAGUUUUAAAUAGCGAUUUAAAAAUCCCUUCUCUUCCCAAUUGCUCAGCUUUCAGUCUCCUUUCUCUUGUGAUAUUCCUACUUCUCCAGUCUCCAUAGUCUUUUACAGUAGAAAAGUCCUGAAUCUUUAAUGUAAAAAACAAGCAGAAAGUGUUUUAACAAUUUUUUUCUUUAUAUAAAUCCCAAGGAAAGGCACAAGCCCAGUUUCUCUUUUUUGGGUGGGGUCAGGGGAGGAGGGUUGUUUUCAUUUUCUUUGGAAGUUGCCUUUUAAAUAUUCUCAAUCUGCCUGGACACUCUUUAGAUCUUAAGUGCUGCUUUGAAGACAAACAAAGCUUAGCUGUAUUGCCUUCUUUAAAGCCUUAUCUUAAUUCCAACAUAAUUUGAGUCUACCUGCCUCCCAUUUCAGACCAACAAGGCAGCCUUUGCCUACCCACACUGAAAUUAACCUCCCUCACCAUCUCCUUCCCUCUAAAGCAACUUUGCUGUACUGUUUGUCAUUUUUGGAUUUUGGCAGGUGGUUAAUAAAAACUUUUAAAAAAUUUGUUUCCUUCUGAGUAGGUGCUGUGUUUGACAGAUUCAACCAGAAAGUGGAGAGGCAUAUAGAAGGAAAAAAACAGUUUUUAAAAAAGUUUGGUUCCAUUGUCGGAAGAUUUAAUGAUUUUCUAAGAUUUAAUGCCUCAUCUGACUUCCGUUUAUUUAACUGGGAGUGCAAAGUGAUCGGAAAGUAUGAUACCACUGGUUCUUCAAGUUUGUGCAGAUGUGUAUUCCACACUGGUGUGUUGGUGUCUUGCACACUGCAAGCUGGAGACUUUUUUUGCCACAGCUGUACCUUCUCAUAGCCCUUCCUGAGGCUAUAUAAGGGUGGCAGCAUCCUGACUCCACUCAGUUCCUUCUUACCACCUGUAUCUUGAGUUGGAACUCCCUGUGUUGGAUUCUCCUAACAAUUUCCCUGCUGCAUCACAGUUUGUGACUCAGUCUUCAGUAGUGUAAAUAGUUACUUGCAGUUAGCACCAAUAGUUUAAGUUAGCGUUAGUUAGUUUAUUAGUAUAUUUAGUUGUAUAGUUAGUUUUUGGGGGGCAGCACUGAAUGUUAUGCACCAUUCCCUGGGCUUCAAGCAUUGCCCGGCAUGUGAGGUCUCUGAUCCUAACAGUAACCCACACAUGUGCUGCUUGGUGUGCCUUGGAAAGGGGCACAUAAAGGCAAAGUGCAGUAGCUGUCAUUCCUAUAAGGAAAGGACACAGGUUGCAAGAAACCUUCUUUUAAAGCAACACCUGCUAGAACAGGCUGUGAGACUGCCUCAGCACUGGGAUCCUCUUCCAGCUGCUCAAUUAACUGUCCCUAGACAUCAUCUCAGGAGGAUCCUCUACCUCUGCAGGAGUUGGGGACAGUCCCAACAGUCUGAUCAGUGAUAGAGGCAGGAAAGGGAUUGUUCAUCAUUCCUGCAUGUCCCUCAAAUGAGAAUCCAUAAAAUGGACUGGUGCUGCCAGAAAUCAAGGAAGGAUUAGUCCUCCUUUUCAUCAAAAGCAGGGGAUCACUGUCAGCAAAACUCUGGUACCUAGAGAUGCCAACCUGUGUCUCCCCAGUGGAGGAUCCUUGUGCUGUACUGUUGACUCUGGAACCAUCUACAGGGUGGCCACCGAGUCCAGUACCUGUGGAAACUCCAGCAUCCUCAGGUUUCCUUUGUCUAUCUGUACCAUUAUGCCCACUACCAUGGAUGUCAGUGCGGGGAUGGUACCCAAACUCUGUCCUCUUCAUCUCUGGGAUGGAGAUUGCCUUCAGUUCAGGUACUGAUGAAGAGGCAGGUUCUGCAUAUGGUGCUUAUGCAGUCUAGGUCAAUACCAAGACAUCCCCUGCUCUCGGCACCAUCUACAACAUCAACCUUGCUACCAGAGUCCUCAGUACCGGUAGCUUCCUCUGAUUGGGGACCAAAUUCUGACCCCUCAACACCAAAAAAGGACCCAUCCUUUGUACUGGACCCAAUUAUAAGACCAUCUACCUCCUGCAGUUUCCUCUCAGGACCAAAUACAAUGCCAACCACAGUACCAACGUUAACUUUUCCAUAUUGGAGAGUGGACAACUCAGGUUUUCCAGUGAUGCCACCAGGUUGGGUGACACCCCCACCCAUCCCUAUUGAUUAUUCAAACAGCUCUUCUCACUCUGGGUCAGAGUCCUCCAGCUCUUUUCCUGCCCCACCUCAGCUAAAGAGAUCACAUACAUCAUCCAAACACGCAGGAAGUUAAGUGUUGAUACCAAGAGCAGAUCCAUUCCUGUAGUAGGGACAGACCUACCUGGCCUGUGAUACAUUGACCUAUUAUGCUGUGCCUUGUGUUGCAGUGGCCCCCUGGAACACCUCUUGCCAUAGAGCCAGAUCUCCACAUAAGUUGGAUGUAAGAUCCCCUUAUCUGGAGAUGGCCCAAGCCACAGUCCAGCCUAUUGUGGAAGCUCAGGAUGACAUUCCUUCUGGAUUAUUCUCUGUGGCUAACAGUUUCCCUGAGAACCAGCAUGUACCUCAAAGUAUCUUCAGCUCCAGCAGCCCCGUCAUCACCAUCCAUGUACGAUUCAGUGGCCCUGACUUCAGAUUCUUCAGUUCCAGUUCAUGUCCUACCAGGAAUUGCUCAAGAGAGUGGUUGCAACUCUGAGUAUUCAAGCUGAGCUGGUACAAAUUGGCGGCCAUCCUCCAGGCUUCAGCCCUAGAAGGGUUGCCUUCCCUAUUAAUGAUGCCCUAUUACAACUGGCCAAAUCUAUGUGGCACACACUGGCAUCGCUAGCCCCAACAGCCAAGCGAAUGGAAAAAUGAUAGUGUCCCUUCCUAGGGUUUGAGUGUUUCUGUUUGAACCAAACUCCUUAGUUGUCAUGGCAGUUAAUGAGACCUCCAGAGCAAUGGCCUCUGCAAUCAUCAUGAGGAGUGCACCAUGGUUAUUUAAUUCUGGAAUAGCAUCAGAUAUCCAAUGAUCUAUUGAUGAUCUAUCUUUUAAUGGACUGUUUUUAUUUUCAAACUAGAGAGAUGAGGUGUUUCACUCUUUUAAAGAUUCACAAACAGCUCUCUGCGCUCUGAGAAUUUAUCCUCCAGCCUCUAAGAAGGAUCAGUAUAAGCCCCCACAGCAAUAUUCUGAUCACUGUCACAGACAACUUUUCUGUCUUCCCAGACACAGUAUGUCUCUCCUAAAAGAGACAGAGGCCCCAGAAAAGGUCAUCUAAUUCUAGCACUACAACAAUUGAACCUGCUAUAGGGAAAACCUUUUUUACUUGUUUUUCAGAGCUGUGCCACUCACUGACUAAAUGAAAGGAGAAAGGAAUGGAAAAAUUCCAUAGAUCUGACAGUGAGGCCCACCUUUCACAUAUGGGAUCUUCAGUCAACCUGUUUGCUACAAAAGACAACAGGAGUGUCAUCAGUUUUGUUCUCAGGCCUCCCAUAGUCCAGGCUUCCUCACUGAUGCCUUCACAUAGAAGAGAACUGGUGAUUUAGUGCACACCUUUCCCUGAUCCCUCUCAUCCCGCAGAUCAUUCACAAAUUGAAGCGAGACCAUGCCAGAUUAAUCCCGAUGGCCCUGGUUUGGCCAAGGGAGUAUUGGUUUUUGAAUCUUCUCUCUCUCUCUUAGUUCAACCUCCUCUUUCUCUCCCGCUCCUCCCAGACCUUUUAUCACAGGAACACGGUCAAAUGCUACAUCCAGAUCCAUCAGUCUCCACCUCUCGGAAUGGCUGUUGAGAGUCUAGAUAAAGUGUGGGAGUAUUCCCUGGUGGUUCAAGAGAUUCUGUCCAACAGUAGGAAACAAUCAAUUAUGUCUGCUUACUGGCCAACUAGUAAAGGUUCUCUGCUUGGUCCAUUGCCUGGGGGGAUACAACCUGUUUAAGCAAGAAUCCAGGACAUUUUAGACUACCUCUUACAUUUCAAGUCCUCAGGUCUUUCAGUGAGUUUUCUAAAGAUUCACUUUGCAGCAAUCACUCCCUUCUAUGGGGGGAUGGAUAGUAGAUUGGUAUCUUCCAACCCCAUGGUUGCUAGCAAGGCUAUCAAUUAACCGCAGUUAACGCAAGCGAUUAAUGCAAAACAAAUUAACUAGAUUAAAAAAUAGUUUAGUUUUAAUUUCACUGAUAAACAAUAAUGG